UCCGUCGAACGAGGAGCCCUCUAGAUAGCAGAGCUCCAGGUCAAGACUUAUCUUCCAGUUUGAUGAGUAGUUCUUCAUCGACACACACUUGUGCACAGCGCUUCUACUACAAUUUUUUCUCCUUGGAAAAUAUGAAUAAAGUAAGAAGAUGAAACUACACUAGAACAAAUAAUAAAGGUAGAGUAACAAUAUAUACAAACGAGUAAAAAAAAGUAGAAAAACAACCAUGCCGGAACACGGCCUAUGAUCUUCCUACUUAGUUCAACCACCGGGAGAGUGAAGCUCAGGCUUGUCUUCCUACUUUGAUAUGGGAGAAUAAUACCACGACGUGGAGUUGGCGGAGAGCCGUGUGGCCUGACGACCACCAGACGACCGCGGCAAUACCGUCAGUACCGUCGCGAAUCAUUUGUGCGUUGGUGCAACUGAAUAGAUAAGGUUUGUUUAUUAUACUGCUUGCUGUGAUCUUGAGUGGCUUCAUCGUGCGGCUCGCACGACAGUGAACACCCAAUUUAUCGUCUAUUUUGCUCGUGGAAGCCACGAAGUAGAUGACUGAAAAGCAUUACGUUCUAAAAACAAAUCUGAGGUGUUGGCUUUGUUCCGCUCGUCGGGAGCUUGAAGGUUCAGCAACCAACAAUAGCGUGGGCGCUAAUAGCAUUAGCGAGGAGCCGGACUUCUCUGAAGACAACCGGUAUAUUCCUGGUCUCCAGACUUUUUUUUUGUGCAUGUGAUUAACAGGAAUUUUAAACAAGAAGAAGAAAAUGCGUGCCAACGCCUGAUGCUUAUAUAUUUUUGCGACAUCCACAAUAUCAAUAUUAUUCCUGCCAGUUUCCUCUUUUCGUAACAGGUUCGACGAGGUCUCCUUCGUUUCGCAACAACCGCAUCAGUAUUCCAAACUCGAAUCAUUGGUCGUAAGCCGCGCAGCCUGGCGACUCAACGAUCGUAGGACUGGCUGGGUAUUGUCAUUCCAUGCUGCUUCUUCACUAUUUCAAAUGUAAGUAAAGGUGCUGGUGAUACAGGUGGUGCUGCAACACAUUGAAUAGCAAGCCCAUCGCAUCGAAUUAUGACAUCAAAUCUAAUCGUUUUCGAAAACAAAACACAGGCUUGCGUCCUUCUUGCCAAAGGCCUGCGCAGCAACUUACAAGGAAGGAGGGCGACAUCUACUUUCCGAUCCGGUAAAAUAUGAUCUCUCUGCAAAGAGCACUUGUUUUGUUUUCCAGCAGGUUUUUGCACUCUCUUUGAGGUUUUGCACGCAAAACAAGCAAAUGCAUCAAUUCAAUAAAUGAAAGAUCGUCCACCCCUGCGGUAGAAUUGCUUUUUUGUGGCAGCGAUGAUGGCGGCUGCGGGAUCUCCAUGUAAAGAUAGUUCGGCCCCGGUUCGCAGCUCGCUAGCCUUGCGACAAGUUUUCCGAAAAGACGUUCAUCCAACGCAGCGGACGGCAGCCUCGAGAACUACUACAAACGAAGACGCGACUUCUACAGUCCAGGACCAAACCGUGGCCCGUGGGGUAUAGAGAUUUUUUUGCAAAGCAGAAGAAGGAUAUUGAUGUUGUGUUUCUCUUUUUUCUUUUCGUUUGUUGCUGCCACUUCUGGAGUUGCUCAGAUUGGCAAGUAGUCUAUCGCGGUUUACAUGUUCAACAUUACAACAUUAGGUUAUGGUUGCAUGUCUAUACUCUUUUGGCUUCGUCAGAAAAAAUAAAAAGCAAAACCACACACACACAGCAGUCCGAGCUGCAUCGUGAGCAAGUUGGUGCAUCUACGGACAAGAGUAUCCG